CCCGGGGCAUUGGAGCAGGUUAGAGUAAACCACGCGUCGCUGGGAGAGGUAGUUGAAGAAAGACCGGGGCUUCGGCCUUCUCGUAUCCCCAUCACACAACACCACCAGCAGUAGCAGCAGUACUCACCGCUCGCUACCUAAAAUUAUCUUCACUUUAACAAGAACCGGUGCUGGGAAGACCCUGCUGAAGUAACACAACAUUCCGAACACUCACGGUGGUGCUCUCAAGAACACACCUGAGCACAAAUAGUUUAGUGUGACGUCACCUCAUCGAGCACAAGCAACAUGGAGGUCCUCGCCAAGUCACUGUCCACGGUGCCUCGCAUCCUGUCCCUAUGUAAGAUAUGUUCUUCCCAUGGGCACGCCCAGCCCACAGUUGCCCACCAGAUACACCUAGAGCGGCCCCUCAGUUACCCACAUCUUCCCCCGCCCGCCCCUGUCCACGGACUAACACAACAGUACGCUAACGCCACCACACCAUCUGGUAAAACUUCUACUAACGUUACCCCUGCAGCUUGCGGGUACUGCAGCCAACAAGUAGCUCAUUCCUCCACCACCCACGCAUGCACCCCGAUGCGCACACCGACGCAAUCCCCCACCCACGCCGCGGCUGUCAGUCGAAGAAUCAACAGACGGACGGAGCUGGACUUCGAGGAACUGCGCGCCCUGCAGGUAGCUGGGGACAUCGCCCUCAUAGACGUCCGUGAACCUCAGGAGCUGGAGAAACACGGCGAGAUUCCCGGCUCUCUCAACAUCCCUCUUUGCAAGAUAAAGGUUGCCCUGCAGCUGUCUGAAGAUGAAUGGGAGCGAGAAUUCUGCAUAGAGAAGCCUGAUAAAGGAGAUCGCAACCUUGUAUUCUACGCCCGGGGUCCCAACGCCUCCAGUGCUGCUGUGGAGAUUGCCCACCGUCUUGGUUUUAAGAGGUCACGGCAUUAUAUUGGAGGCUGGGAGGAUUACUGCAAGCAGACAGGUCAGCCACUCAAGAAAUCCCAGGAUGAUGGGUUUGGAGCCUGCAACAACUAUUACAACAACAAAUUUGAUCAGUACUUCCUGUAAAGAUAUUGAUAGUGAUGGAAAUUUGACCUUGGUCUCCAUAACUGAAUUAGUGAUAAAUUUACAUUAAAAUUGCAUGUAUAUUUUUUCAUACAUUGAUGUGGUCAAUUGUGAUAUUCGACAAAUUUAGAUUGAUCAGUUUUGCAGAAUGUUGUUCAGUGAAAAGCAGAUCCUUAAUCUCUUGAACAUUCAACAUAAAAAAUUUUAUCAGAGAAGCUGCAAAGGCUCGGUGAAAACCUAAGAUCACAAUGAGAAAAAUGUUUAGUGCUGAACCUGUACUGUACUUGGUGGUGAUUCAACUAAUGUCAGUUUAGUUUUGUGGAUGAUCAUGGAAAAAGAGGAAGACCAUUAUGAUAUAUUACCAUCACACUUAACACCAGAACACCCAGAGAAGAUCUUAGCUAUGAAAUAAUAAUGAAAUAAUUCUCCCAUUGCAUCGGUACAGUACAGUAGUUAGUUGUUCCUGUGUUGGUAUAGACAAAGUUUCUAUCUAUGAACAGGUAGAUAGUUGUCUCUUUUUGUCCAACUCCAACAAAUUUUCUGCUGUGUUGCUGGUGUGGGAAUUAUUAUACAGUACUUUUGUAACAUUGGCCAGGUGAUGAGUAUCAUUAAUUUUAUUGUCUAUAGCUUUUAAAAUCCAUUUAGUGUUCAUUGCAAUACAUACAGUAUACUCAUACAUGAUUUGAUCAGGUUAAUGCAAUUAGUAGUAGUCCCCAUAAUGUUGACUCUAUACCUGAAUACAUAAUAAUAGAGUUGAUACCAUUUCAUCUCUAAUGUUGAGUCCUGUGAUUUCUAAAUACCAUUCAAAGCAGCUGUGAAUAUUGGCCCAAAUAAUGCGAAUGUCAAGUACUUUUUAAAUACAUCUUCAUAGUGGGUGCAAAUAAAAAUAUUUUUUUUUCAAUUUUCUCAUAUUUCCAAUCCAUAUCAUAUUUAAAUUCUUUUUAUUUUAAUUAUAGUGUUCAGGAUGUGGUUAAUGAGGUUAAUCAGUGCACAAUAAUUAAAAUAGUCGUUUGAAGCUCAUCAGCCACAGAAUAGUAAGAAUAGCAGCAGUUAUUGUUGAUGGUGCUCAAGAGAUCUAAAGAUAUUUGUACUUGACACACUGAGGAAUUAUACCUUGGUAAACACUAAUAUAUGUGGCAUGUUAAUCGUGAAAUAUCAUGCAGACUUGUGGAACACUGUGAGAGUUAGUGAUUGUGUAUACGACCCACACAGGUGGUGAUUCUUGGUGGAACCUAAUGUGUUUUUUUGUGCUUUAUGCAUUACUAUCUUAAAUGAAAGACAAGGGAAUCUCUCAUUGUAGUGUUGUCACCGGUUGUGUUUGUGGAGUCAACUGUAUAUCCUUGUCUUAUCUGGAAUAAUAGGAAACAUCCGAGUUUAACUGUAGCCAGUAUAUUGUAUUCUUUGAAGCAUUGCUUGCAAGCUCGUUUCUCACUUAACUUUCAGCUAGAGCUUGCAUCAGUGACUCGUUAUUUCAUUUAUGGGUUUGAGUACCUCGGAGAGCUUUGAUACCCACAGUGCACUUGGUAUUUGUUUUGAGCGUUUUGUGGGCUUCGAUGCUUCUCGUAUGAGAACAGCUGGUACAAGAGUUUGGUGUAGUAAAUGAUGGCCAUACUCUUGUACCAGAGAAUAUGGCAGGAACAGUUUACAGGCAGCCAAUUCUUGAUGCCAUGACAUGGUUGUGUUGCAAGAAUUGUUAAUUAAAAUAUGAACAUUUCGUACCUAUUUACUGUUAAAGUCAAAGCAUCAAUGAUUGUACCUGUAGGCAGGUGAGUUGGAUACUGGCUCCUUAAUAAACCAUAACUACUAUA